UUCUUCCUAUAGCGCUGCUUGGCGCUGUAGAUAAAGGACGCGGCGUUUCGUGUUGGAACAAGACGAUAGUUGCCCAUUUCAAGUCGCUGGAAUCUGACAGAGCUGAACAGCCCGGUGGUUGAAUGAAGCGCGGACUGUAGUGUUUGCGUCAGGCGCGUUAUUCUCCAUCGGAGUACAUACAGAGUUGAGGACAGGCGCACUUGUCCGCUGUGUCUCGGACUCUAUAUGGAGGGAUGUCGGAAUGGCUUGCACCAGGAGAACCAAAACUUUGGUGUCUACGUGUGUGAUACUAAGUGGCAUGACCAACAUAGUGUGUCUUUUGUACGUCGGAUGGGUGACUAAUUACAUCGCUAAUGUGUACAUCAAAGUGCCGAUGCCUGUCCCAGCCAAAAAGUUGGAGGGCGACAGGAAAGGAGAAACUCUGCGGAUUAUAGAGCGACUGGAUCGGCUGGAGAAUGUGGUUAAUCAGCACAUACAAGAGUCCCCGCUGAAAGGAGAUGACAAUCAGCUAGAUCGAUCUUUUUCCGACUCGUCCUUGUUCAACCACUGGGGCCAGGAUCUGGGGCCAGAGAGCCGCAGAGUGGCCCUCAAGAUGUUUCAGUAUUACGGCUACAACGGUUACCUCAGCGACCGCCUCUCCAUGGACAGACCCAUCCCAGACUACAGACCUGAAGGGUGCAAAAACAUGUCUUACCCGUCCAACCUUCCGCAGGUUAGUAUAGUCUUCAUCUUUGUGAACGAGGCACUCUCAGUCAUUCUGCGCUCCAUACAUUCGGCAAUGAACAGAACCCCACGCCACCUACUCAAAGAGAUCAUACUGGUAGAUGACAACAGCGAUAACGAUGAGUUAAAGGAGAAAUUACAGGACUUUGUCAAGGAGACCAACGCCAAGCAGCCCGGUUUCAUUAAAAUGGUGCGGCACAGUAAGCAGGAGGGGCUGAUCCGCUCACGUGUGAGUGGCUGGAGAGCUGCCUCUGCCCCUGUGGUGGCCCUGUUUGACGCCCACGUAGAGUUCAACACUGGCUGGGCUCAGCCUAUUCUCCAAAGGAUCAAAGAAGACAGAACCAGAAUUAUAUCUCCAUCUUUUGACAACAUCAAAUACGACACAUUUGAGAUUGAGGAGUACCCACUCUCCGCUCAGGGCUUUGACUGGGAACUGUGGUGCCGGUAUCUGAACCCACCAAAAUCCUGGUGGAACUUGAAAAACAGCUCUGCUCCAAUCAGGAGUCCGGCCCUGAUUGGCUGCUUUGUGGUGGACAGGGAGUACUUCGCAGAGAUCGGUCUGCUGGAUGAAGGCAUGGAGAUUUACGGAGGAGAGAAUGUGGAGCUGGGUGUGAGGGUGUGGCAGUGUGGAGGAAGUGUGGAGGUGUUGCCCUGUGCCCGUAUCGCCCAUAUUGAGCGCGCCCACAAACCCUACACCGAGGAUCUCACUGCCCACGUGCGCAGAAAUGCUCUGAGAGUGGCUGAAGUGUGGAUGGAUGAGUUUAAAAGCCACGUCUACAUGGCCUGGAACAUUCCACAAGAGCUGAGAAACUCUCUGAAGACUGACUUGUGUCUCGACCAAGGGCCAGAUACUGACAACAUUCCCAUCCUUUACCUUUGUCACGGGAUGUCACCUCAGAAUGUAUACUACACCAGCACUCAGCAGUUAUUCGUGGGCAUCUUGAGCCCCACCAUUGACGAUGAUGACAACAAGUGCCUGGUUGAUGUGAACGGCCGGCCACGGCUCACUGAGUGCAGCUAUGCUGUGGCUAAACGCAUGAAGCUCCACUGGCAUUUUACUCAGGGAGGCUCCAUCCAGAAUACAAAGUCAAAGCGAUGCCUUGAACUCGUGAAGAACAAUGACAAUGAGUUUGGAUAUCAGCUGAUGCUCCAAAAAUGCACUGGCCAGAACUGGAUCAUAACCAAUAUGAUGCCUGGUAGCACCUUAUGAUGUUACCGUUGAGACUGAAGAAUAUGUGGAUCUGGGUGGACUGCAAUGACGAAUGAUGACAAGCUCAAGCACCUGUAUGUCUCUGACUUUGACAUCAUAUGAUAAAUGUUAAACAUUUUUCCUAGCUACUAUACUUGUGCAUACUGAUAAGACACAUUUGGCAGAUAUUGCAUUGUGUAUUUAUGAGGUUCUACGCUGUACUGAGAUUUAUUUUGUGCAAGGUAUACUUGGUUUUGUCUUGACUUGAAGGUUGCACCGGCUCCAAUGCACACACUGAAGCCAUACUUGCUACUAUGUAGCAAAGCUUUGGCAACGUUCUUGCUGUAUUUCUUUCUAGUGUCUCAGGUUUGUAGGUUGAGAUUAUUUUGAAAUAACUCUGUACAUUUUUGGGACAUGCCAAUAUGUUGGAACAUAUCUAGAUUCAAUCAACUGUUUUAUAUCAACAUGUAUAGUAAAUAUUCUCAGUAUUUAUAAUUAAUGGCAGUAAAAAGAACAAAUGCUAAGGCAAUUUGUGAGUUCUGCUGAUCUAAAUUUU